AUGGCUGUGACUCGUGUUAUUGCCGUCAUAAUUAUAUGUCUUGGUUUUUCAACGAACAAUCAUUGUCUAUCGAUGGUCAUUCCAUCGGCAACAACAAUCACAGAUGAUGAUAUCUCGAACAUUACAACAGCAUCAACAGUAACAAUAACUUUUCCUACGACAACAACAAUAGACACUACAGAAAUCAAUCGAACAGUACCACCAACAUCGACACCAAUUCUACAUGUACGAAUACGUGUACAGAAUUCAUUAAUUGAAACAUUUGCUACUGAAAAACAAUUAGAUUUACUUGAAAUUCAAUUAAAACAACGACAUAUACCAUAUCGUCAAGUAAAAGAUAGUAAGGAUGGUAAAACAAUCAUUAUUGGACCAUUUCAAAAGUUAAAUAAUUUAACAGCAACUAUGAUGAUAUUUAAUCAUACACGUUUUCAUAGAAACUUUACUAAAAUGAUACCGGUUAAACCAUCAAUAAUUGAUAAGAAAAAUGAAACAAAUAUAACAAUUCUAUCUGAUGAAAUAAAAGCUGAAACAGAACAUUUUCCAUUAAAUCUUGAAGUACAUGAACAUCAUCAUGCUCACGAUCAAGAAUCGUAUGAAUUUCGUAAAUGUCUUGACGUAUGUAAAAUCUAUCAAGACAAUGAGCUAAAACCUGAUCAUAAUUGUAUUCGAAAAAAGUGUCUUAAAGAGAUUACGGGAAUUUGA